GGGUUUGAUUUAAAUAAAAGAUGGACUGGACUGGAAAACAUAAUGGGCCAAAUGAUACAACUAAUGAUGGAACAGUGGUACGACUUCGAGGCCUGCCGUUCGGUUGCAGCAAAGAGGAGAUUGUUCAGUUUUUCCAAGGGUUGGAAAUCGUGCCAAAUGGGAUAACAUUGACGCUGGACUACCAGGGGAGAAGCACAGGGGAGGCCUUCGUGCAGUUUGCUUCAAAGGAGAUAGCAGAAAAUGCUCUGGGGAAACACAAGGAAAGAAUAGGGCACAGAUACAUUGAAAUCUUCAAAAGUAGUAAGAGCGAAAUCAGAGGAUUCUGUGACAUGCCAAGAAGAAUGAUGGGACAACAACGACCUGGACCAUAUGAUAGACCAUUAGGAGGAAGAGGGGGUUAUUAUGGAGCUGGGCGUGGAAGUAUGUAUGACAGAAUGCGUCGAGGAGGUGGUGGAUAUGACGGUGGGUAUGGUGGCUUUGAUGAUUAUGGUGGCUAUAAUAACUAUGGCUAUGGAAAUGAUGGCUAUGAUGACAGAAUGAGAGAUGGGAGAGGCAUGGGAGGACAUGGCUACGGUGGAGCUGGAGAUGCAGGGUCAGGUUUCCAUGGUGGUGGUCAUUUUGUUCACAUGAGAGGACUGCCUUUUCGAGCAACAGAAAAUGAUAUCGCUAACUUUUUCUCACCGUUGAAUCCUAUAAGAGUUCACAUUGAUAUUGGGGCAGAUGGAAGAGCCACAGGAGAGGCAGAUGUGGAAUUUGUAACACACGAGGAUGCAGUAGCUGCCAUGUCCAAGGAUAAAAAUCACAUGCAGCAUCGAUAUAUUGAACUAUUCCUGAACUCAACUGCUGGAGGCGGCUCUGGGAUGGGAGGCUAUGGCAGAGAUGGAAUGGAUCAAGGCUACGGCUCUGUCGGCAGAAUGGGAAUGGGUAGCAAUUACAGCAGCGGGUACGGAACUCCCGACGGCUUGGGCGGAUAUAGUCGUGGCAGUGGAAAUAGUGGAGGAUACUAUGGGCAAGGCAGUAUGGGUGGAGGAGGAUGGCGUGGGAUGUAUUGAAGGGUAGCCUUGCUUCUACACAACAUCCUGGAAGAAACAGUCUCUGGUCUACUAGACUUUCUUACAAAAUUUAAUUUCUUUUGUAUUUUAAGAACUUUAUAAUGACUGAAGGAAUGUGUUUUCACAACAUUAUUUGGUAAGCAACAGACUGUGAUGGGAAAAUCUGUUUUCUGUAGGUUUUAUUUGUUGCAUACUCUGACUUUAAAUAAAUUUUUAUAUUCAAACCACUGAUGUUGAUACUUUUUAUACUAGUUACUCCUAAGGAUGUAUUACAUAUUCAAGACUACAGUCGGUUUAAGAUGUUGUACUAUGGUUCAAUAAAGGUGGUUGUACUGUUAACUCCUAUGAACACUGAUUCAGUUCCAUGUAAUCUUGGUGUGUAGUGAACGAGUUUGGAGAAUUCACUUGUGUAAGGGGAAAAAGGUAGACGAGUAGAUUUAGUUUAUUUGGUAACGACCCUUCCUCAACCCUUUUGAUAAGUUGUAUGUCACAAUUUCUCAUAAAGCUGUGGAGGCUGAAGGCCGUGGCUGUACAGCCGCAGCUACCCUCCUCUUCAAAGGCGCGAGGGCUGCCCCCGUGGCUCUGCCUCCAUGACCCCAAACCACGAGUUUCCCCCCCCCCCCGGCUGGGCUGUAGAGCCCAGGUACCGCCUUCCACAUGUGCCACUGGCCAAGUGAACCACACCGCUAGCACAGCUUUUUGCUGACAUGGAAUGGGGCAAAUACCAGCUAAUCUGAAGCUACCUCCCUACUAUUCUUUUUUCACAAACACUGGGGGAGUUGGAAG